CUGAAGUCGGACAUCUCGCGUCUUCUUGUCUGUUGUAGCUAAGGAAGAAACAUGUCGGACGAGGGGAAGCUUUUUAUUGGAGGCCUCAGCUUCGACACAACAGAGCAGUCGCUGGAAGAAGCCUUCUCCAAGUAUGGCGUGAUCACAAACGUCCAUGUUGCCAGAAACCGGGAGACAAACAGGUCGCGGGGUUUUGGCUUUGUUACGUUUGAGAACCCUGACGAUGCAAAAGAUGCCCUGGAGGGAAUGAAUGGAAAAUCUGUGGACGGCAGGGCGAUCCGUGUGGAUGAAGCAGGGAAAGGAGGUGGUAGCCGAUCUGGUGGUGGUGGAUACAGGGGUGGUGGAGGAAGAGGAGGUGGUGGAUUCUUCAGAGGAGGAAGAGGGAGAGGUGGACCACGAGGUGGAGGAGGUUAUGGUGGUGGGGACAGGAGUUAUGGAGGAGGAGACAGGGGGUAUGGCAGUGGUGAUCGUAGUUAUGGUGGGGAUCGGAGCUAUGGUGGAGGAGGAGGUGGCUACAAGAGUGGAGGCUACUCUUCUGGUGGGGGUGGAGACUACAACAGAGACCGGGGUUCUGGCUAUGGAGAUCGUGGGGGCUCCUACAGAGAUGGCUAUGACCGCUAUGGUGCUGCACACGAGUAAAACCCAAGACCCGUCACUUCACUGGCUGUGCGUUAUCUAAAGAUGCACUCCUCAAGGAUCUGUUUUUGUUUCAACAUAGUAGUUUCCUUUGUAUUUUUUUAUAUAUUGUUUUAGGUGGGUGGGGGGGCUGUUCGUAUUGGCUGUGAAAUGUUCUAAAUAAUGUGGGGAGCAUCCUGGCUGCUCUUGUUAAUUAGACCAGUGUUUCCAGUUCUAUCCUGGAGGCACCCCUGCCUUGCACAUUUCAGUGUUUCUUCUUGCUCUGAAAGCAUAUUAAAGAGUGGAUUGCUGGGGUCAGUAGUGUUGGUAGCAUGGAAAACACUCAAGUGUGCAAGGCUUAAGGACCUCUAAAGUCAGGGUUGGGAAACAGUGGCUUAAAUUUUUACUUUCCUGAGCCUCAUGUGAAAUCAAAACUCUGAUAGUCACUUCUGACCAGCUGCCACAGUAUUGCUAUCAUUAUUGGUCCAGCCCCACCUAUGUAAAUUAGUUUAAAGCCUAAGGCAUGUCUUUAAGCUUUAUUCCAUCAUAUAGGGUUUCCCUACUUUUUAACGUUCUACCUCACCAAGGGCAUUUUAGCAACUGUGGUUUGCUUAAAGGUAGAAUCAACAAAAAUAUGACUUGGAGUUGGAAACAUGAAUUUCAUUUGAAAUAAAAUCUAAUUUUAUAGUCAGUAGGAA